AUGUUGGGCUACAGGUCCGUGAAGUGGUGGAAUAUCUUCACGCCGGACCAGUGCGACGCGAUGAAUCGGCUCGUUUGCUACUUCGCCCUUCCUCUCUCUUCUCCUACGAGUUCGCGGUCCAUGUCGAUCCCUGGGAUUACAUGUUCAUUGCUGCCGACGUUGGUCUCCAAGGUCAUCAUAGUCGUGGUGGUGCUCGCGUUUUGGGGCCAAGUGCAGCACCAAGGCGAGCUAUGGCUGGUCCAUCACCAGCUUCUCGCCGCCGUGCACGCUGACCAACUCACUCGCCGCCGGCGUCCCCCUGUCAAGGCCAUGUACGGCUCGUUAGGCGUGGACCUGGUGAUCCAGGCGAUCGUGUGGCUCGCGAUUAUUCUUGUGGCGCAUUCUGUAUCAUUCUUUAUGUAA